UCUGCACCGGUACGGGUCUGGUGCGUGAAGGAGGGGAAGCUGUGGCGGCGUGGAUGGUGGCAAAGGAGGAGUACGGAGUACAGCGAGUUGUUUUGUUUUCUAGAAGGGAAAAAAGGUUGUCCCUAGAGUGCAGCGGAGGGACCGAAAAGAGGACUGAGCAGCACCAGGAGCCUGGGAGUGCAAACCAGGUGGUCUGCCACCAAAGUGAAAGAGCUGGGAUCCCUGUUUCAGUCUCGGUGAGGCAACAAAAUGGCCACAGGAGCGGAUGUCCGGGAUAUAUUGGAACUGGGAGGCACAGAGUCUGAGAACAUAGGAAUUAUAAAUAAAAAAGACAUCAUCAAUUCUGAUAAGAAAAAAUCGAAAAAGUCUUCGGAGACCUUAACUUUUAAGAGGCCAGAAGGAAUGCAUCGGGAGGUCUAUGCCCUGCUGUACUCUGAUAAAAAGGAUGCACCUCCUUUGCUACCAAGUGAUACAACGCAGGGCUACCGCACAGUCAAGGCAAAGCUGGGCUCCAAGAAAGUGCGGCCUUGGAAGUGGAUGCCCUUCACCAACCCUGCUCGUAAGGAUGGGGCCAUGUUCUACCACUGGAGAAGGGCAGCGGAAGAGGGCAAGGACUACCCCUUUGCCAGAUUCAACAAAACUGUGCAAGUUCCUGUUUAUUCGGAGCAGGAAUAUCAGAUGUACCUUCAUGAUGAUGCCUGGACCAAAGCUGAAACCGACCACCUCUUUGACUUGUCACGCCAUUUUGAUCUUCGCUUUGUGGUCAUUCAUGAUCGCUAUGACCACCAGCAGUUCAAGAAACGGUCAGUGGAAGACUUAAAAGAGCGCUAUUAUCACAUCUGUGCCAAGCUGGCCAAUAUUCGUGCUGCCCCAGGCACUGAUCUGAAAAUCCCUGUGUUCGAUGCUGGCCAUGAAAGGCGUAGGAAGGAGCAACUGGAGAGGCUAUAUAACCGGACGCCAGAACAGGUGGCAGAAGAGGAAUAUCUAAUCCAGGAGUUGCGAAAAAUCGAAGCUAGGAAGAAGGAGAGGGAAAAGCGAACGCAAGACUUGCAGAAACUCAUUACUGCUGCUGACACAACCACUGAACAAAGGCGCGCAGAACGCAAGGCACCCAAGAAGAAGCUGCCACAGAAGAAAGAGACAGAGAAGCCUGCUGUUCCAGAGACUGCUGGCAUCAAGUUUCCGGAUUUCAAGUCUGCAGGUGUCACACUGCGGAGUCAGAGGAUGAAACUGCCGAGCUCCGUGGGACAGAAGAAGAUUAAAGCCUUGGAGCAGAUGCUGAUGGAACUCGGAGUAGACUUGAACCCAAUGCCAACAGAAGAGAUUGUCCAGAUGUUCAACGAGUUGCGCAGUGACCUGGUGUUGCUUUAUGAGCUCAAGCAAGCCUUUGCUAACUGCGAAUACGAGCUGCAGAUGCUGCGACACCGCUAUGAGGCCCUGGCAAAAGCAGGUGGCACGGGACCCAGCGUCGAGGGUGGCUCCCACGCUGAUGGGCAUUCAGGCCCCUGCAGUGAUGAGGGCAAGAGUGACAUCAAGGAUCAGAUCAUCGAUGUGGUGGGGGCACCUCUGACACCCAAUUCGAGAAAACGCAGGGAAUCUGCCUCCAGUUCUUCGUCUGUCAAAAAAGUGAAGAAGCCUUGAGUAAUGCAAGGUCCCAGUUGAAGGACAAGAACAUUGGCUGCACAGUCAAGGAAGCUGUAUUCGCCCUGUCCUAUGGGAGUGACUUUUAUGCUGGAAAAUUCCUGCAGUGGCUUUGCCCAAGGGGCUGAAUUUGUUCACUGCACAAUUUCCUGUUGGGAGGCGCUGGGGUGAUUGGUAUUACCUUUCCUAUGCCCGACUUUUGUAAAUGUCUUUGUAAAUACAGAAUCCAUUACCUUUUGUCCCACAAUUGGAAUCAGCAGAGAGCAGCAGGCAGGAAGACAGAAUCAUACAUUGGCAUGUG